UUUCUUUUUUUCAUAUAUUUGUAUAUUAAAUUUUAAUAAAAAAAAUGGUUUAUCACUCAAACUUCAACGAUGAAUCAGCUCAAUACCGUUUAGUUGGUAACAUUCCAAUUUUACCAUUAAAAACCAACCAUAAAGGUCCAGCUCCAAAAGCAGAUGCCAACUCUGGUGAUAUUAUUGAUGAAGCUCUUGAUUUAUUCAAAGCCAACAUUUUAUUCCGUAAUUUUGAAGUCCAAGGUAAUGGUGAUCGUGUUUUAAUUUACCUUACUCUUUACAUUACCAAAUGUCUCUUAAAGAUUGCCAAUAUGAGCAAAGCUGAUGCCGAUAAAGCUCUCUUUUUAUUAGCUCAAGAACAAUUCUCAAUUCCAGGUGAAGCUUCAUUCCCACUUGGUGGUUUAGUUAAUGUUCCAAAUACUCGUGAUGCUCAAGAUACUUUACGUCAAUAUUUCACCCAAUUAAGAAUCGAAAUUGGUGUUCGUCUUACCCAACGUGUUUAUGCUGUUGAUCCAGCUAGACCAAACAAAUGGUGGAUGUGUUUCUCAAAGAGAAAGUUCUUAAACAAAGCUCUUUAAACAAUAACAAUCAAAACAAAACCAUUAUUCUAAUUUAUUUAUAAAAAAAAUAAAACCCUCAAAAAAAUACUGUUAAAUUAUUAUAUAAAAUAAAAAACU